CUUAUCAACAAAAUCGAGGCUUUUCCCACUUUUUGUUUGCUCUCCUGCGGAGAUUGCACUUUGGCAGGUUUAAAAGAGAGGCUUUUUGUUUAUAAAUAAACAUUUUAGUUGCCGACUAAACGUAGAGGUAGCCACACGAUGAGCAGCGCGAUCUUCGCCAAAAUUGUCCAGCUGGGAGCAGCAUUGCUGGUUCUAUUCGUCGCAUGGGCGUCAGCCCAGGAUCCGGAUGUAGCCAGGACGUGCACUGCCUACAAGAAAAGCGUUUGGGAGGAGACGUCCGAGUUCAGCUUUCUGAUCGAGAACGCACCGAUUAUCUACAAGACCCUGGACAAAUGUACCAGCUAUGCACCGCUCAUCAUCGGCGGAGGACCCGCUCUGCCCAAGGAGUUCCCGCAUGCUGUGCGCCUGGGACAUAAAGACGACAAGGGCGAUGUGGAAUGGUUCUGCGGCGGAACACUUAUCAGCGACAGACAUGUGCUCACCGCAGCGCAUUGCCACUACUCACCACAAGGAUCAGUGAACAUCGCGCGCCUCGGGGACCUGGAGUUCGAUACCAACAACGACGAUGCGGAGCCGGAGGACUUCGAUGUGAAGGACUUCACCGCGCACCCCGGAUUCAGCUACCCCGCCAUUUACAACGACAUUUCCGUGGUGCGGUUGAUUCGACCCGUAACCUUCAACGAUUACAAGCAUCCGGCCUGUCUGCCCUUCGACGAUGGGCGAUCGGUGCCCUCCUUCAUAGCCAUCGGUUGGGGUCAGCUGGAGAUCGUGCCCAGGACGGAGAACAAAAAGCUACAGAAAGUAAAGCUCUACAACUAUGGUACGCGCUGCAGGAUCACGGCGGAUAGGAAUGAUGAGCUGCCAGAGGGAUACAAUGCUACCACCCAACUGUGCAUCGGGUCCAACGAGCACAAGGACACCUGCAACGGCGACUCCGGCGGACCGGUGCUCAUCUAUCACAAGGGCUACCCCUGCAUGUACCAUGUGAUGGGUAUCACAUCCAUCGGAGUGGCCUGCGACACACCCGAUCUUCCGGCGAUGUACACACGGGUUCACUUCUACCUGGACUGGAUUAAGCAGCAAUUAGCCAAAAAUUAGAAUUGAUAUUCACAAUUCUGUGCACAGCAUAUCAAAAUGAGUAAACAAUAGUAAAUGAAAAAUAAAGCUGAAUUGAUUGAGUA